AUGGAGGAUAGAAACAAAAGUCCACCAGGAAUCAACUCACAAUCUACUGUUGAUGAAGAUCAAUUCAUUACUGAUAAACUUUUUGCAUCUAUUGUGUUGAAAAGGUUUAAGCUUGCUAGAAUUUUAGCUGAAGGAGGAGCAGACGUUAAAGCAACACUUUCAUCUGGAGUCACUCCACUAAUGGCAGCUUGUGAUGCAGUCACAGAAAAAAGACACCUAAAAAAGAAAUGUGAGGUAAUAUUUUGCUUGCUUAAAAAUGGUGCUGAUAUUAAUGCUAAAGACAAAUAUGACAGAACGCCAUUGCAUUACGCCUGCAUAAAUGGUUGUGCCGAAGUGAUGAAAAUACUUGAAGAAAAUGGCGCCGACAAAGAGGAAUUCGACUUAAACGGAAAGAAACCUAGUUUUUACACAGAGAAUGAAUUCACACAGAAAAAGUUCUCUAUUCGAACACAGCGUGACAGUAUAGCUACUGAGAGUAUGAUGAACACAAAUUUCUCUUACCGUCACUGGGACUCCAGAGAAUUUUUGAAUGUAUUUUAA